GGGUGGGGGGUGAAAAACUCGCGUGACGUCACUUCGCUGCCUAGCCGCCGACGCGCUCCUCUUUCCAGCGUUCGCCACUCCAGUCUUGCUCGUUUGGCCGACUGCAAGUUCAUUGUGUCCGUACCGUGUGCUGUCGCGUGUUUGUUAAGUGUUCGAGAAUCCCCUUUGACUAGCAAUGGCUACAGAAGUCGAAAACAACGUUCCCGCAGUGGACGCGAAGGAAAUCAAAGAAGAGGCGCCCGCCGCAGACAACAAAGCCGAAGAGGCGGCUGUGGAGAAAAAGGAGAAUGCUGGGGGAGACGCGCCUGUUUCUAAGGAGAAGGAACCCGCACCCCCUAAAGUGGUAGUGCACAAAUCGAACUACGAAAAGGAUAUCGUGUAUCUGUACCAAUUCUCACGCACACCCCUUCUGCCGUCCCUGUCACCAUAUUGUCUGAAAGUUGAGUCCUGGCUCAGGCUUGCCGGCGUAAAAUAUGAGAACGUGGACCACAAGAUGAAGUACCGCUCCAAGAAGGGGCAGCUGCCGUUCAUCGAGCUGAACGGAGAGGAGAUCGCCGACAGCGCCAUCAUCAUCAAGGAGCUGAGCCAGAAGUUCGGGCACGACCUGGACGCGGCGCUGACCGCCGAGCAGCGCAACCUCGCGCACGCCACCAUCUCCAUGAUAGAGAACCACCUCGCGUGGGUGGUGAUGUGGUGGCGGUCCAAGUACCCCGACCAGAUGCUCAAGGGGUACAAGGUCAACCUGCAGCACGCCCUCGGCACCAGGAUACCCAACGGCAUCCUCAACUUUUGCUUCAAGUUCGCCAUCGGCAGAAAGUGGUUGCAGGGCUCGAAGAAAGUUAAGGCCCAAGGUAUGGGCGUACACUCCGCCGAAGAGGUCAACGAGUUCGGGCAGGAGGAUCUCAAGGUCCUUUCCGAUAUGCUGGCCGACAAGCCGUUCUUCUUUGGAGAUGAACCAACCAACUUGGACGUGGUCGUGUUCGCCCACCUGGCGUCGAUCUACUUCAUCGACAAAGAGGUGCAGUACUCGCUGAGAGACUUCAUGACCGAGUCGUGCCCGAACCUGGUCGGGCACGUGAACCGCAUGAAGGAGCGCUGCUUCGGCGACUGGGACGACAUCUGCACCAACUUGGAUCUGAACUCGCACCUGCCCAAGCCGGCGCCCGAAGAGACCAAGGAGAAGGAGGCCGCCAAGGACGAGAAGGAGGGAGACAAGGAGAAGGAGCCCGAAGAGAAGGACAUCGAAAAGGAGAAGGCGGACGAAAAGGAAAAGGACAAGCUAAAAGAAAAGGAGUCGGAAGAGAACAAAGAAAAGGAGGCCGCAAAAUAGACUCCCCCGACUUCUGCCCCCCCUUCCCUCCCCCUUACUUAAUCCCGCGCCCGUGUACCGGGCGUCAACAGUUUAAGGUGCGUUUUUUCAUUUCUACUUCUAUCUCAGACCAUGUGCAAGACCUAGUUUGUAAGACUCAUUCGCAUAUAUUAACUUUAUUGUAAUUCGAUACGGUACGAUUAAAAAAUGAUACUCGACCGAUUCGGCGUAAUUUUUACGCAGUAUAGUGGACGGUUCUUAUUAUUCACUCAAAAUAUAUUAAUUGCUAGUUAAGAACGAUUGUUUGUAUAAAUAUUUUUAGCUAGGUUUUU